UUUAAAAAAAAAAUCUUUCUUUUUUGCAUUUAUUUAUUUCAUAUUCUGUAAUCGUGUGUUAUUCUCAAUUAACGGAUGGCUACGCUCUGAAAUUCCAUGUCUUUUUUUUUUUUUUUUAAUGGGAUUUAAACUAGUUCUAGGUCAAUGUCAUUCUUGUUCUUUUUCGAAGCUAGGGUAGUUCUAGGGUUUGAGCGUAGAUAGUUAGUUCAAGAAGGAAGAGUCCUUCUAUUUGCUUGUUUUUAUGGAUUUCCGGUCUUCUGGGGCGAAUACUGCUAUUGGGUUCUGGCUUGUCUUGUACAAAGAUUGAACUUUUAAAAAUCGGUGUUGAUUCUUUGGGAGCGAUCGUCAUCUUUCUUUCUCGCAUUGCGCUGACAUUAUGAAGAGAAAGCGUGGUCACAAGAAACGCAACAAGACAAAUGUGCCUCCAGUGGUUACUCAUGAGGCUUCAAAUGAAGUAAUUGUCAAUGUUUCCAGUCAAAAUUCUGACUAUAAUUCUGGAGAUCCUAAUCAGUUGGAUGACAAUGAAUAUGAGUCUGGUAUGGAGGUUGAUACACCUUCAACAGGGACUGAACAGCCAGUGAAUGUUGCCAGUAUAAAUCGUGAUGGGUCAGUCGAUAAGGCUGUUGGAAAAUCAGUUGGGCGUGUUAAAGUGAAGCUUAAAACUCCAAAAUUGUUGGAUUCUGAUGCACCAUCACAUAGUGACACUGACAAGAGUAGCCCUCGAAUGGAUCUGGAGAGACGAGGUCUUGUUGCAGAGAAAAUAGAUGACAGUGCCAAUUCAUUGUCUGAAGUAAAAGUGAGUGUUUUGGGGAAUGUGUCAAAGAAAGCUGGGAGUAUUAAAAUUAAACAAUCAAGGUCGUUGGGCAGUUCAAGUCUUGACAAGAAUAUUUCUGCUGUGGCACCAAAGGAUGAGAGUUCUCUCCAGAAAGAGCUGAAGACACAUCAUCAAAAUUCUACAUUCAACAAAGAAGAAUUAGAUGCUUCCUUGAUGGUGAUUAAGAAGGUGAUGAAAAUGGAUGCUGCUGAGCCUUUUAAUGUCCCAGUGAAUCCAGUAGCUCUUGGAAUACCUGAUUAUUUUGAUGUAAUAGAUACACCCAUGGAUUUUGGAACAAUAUGCAGCAAUCUUGAAAGUGGUUGCAAGUAUAAGAAUUCAGAGCAUGUCUACAAGGACGUACAGUACAUCUGGGAGAACUGUUGUAAGUACAACAACAAAGGUGAUUACAUUGUGGACUUGAUGAGACGGGUGAAAAAGAAUUUCAUGAAAUAUUGGGCUGCAGCUGGGUUGUUCAAUGAACAAGCAAGGGGUGUUGAUAAUGCUCAAACAGAAGAUGCUGCACAAUCAAGUCAGGGAAAAGUACAUAUCAAAAGUAGUCAAUCAAAAGCUAAGGCUCAAAAGCGUCACGGAAGGCGCCAUAAAAGUGAUUGUUUAUGUGCUAUAUGUGUCUUGAAGCGCCGCAAAAGAGAGCGUGAAGAGAAUGCUCGAAUUGCUAAAGGCUUGACUGAAGUUCAAGAGGUGAAGCAAGAGGAAUCUUCAAUUAUGGAAAGUCAUUCUGGUGAAGAUUCAUCAUUAAAUAUGGCUGAAUCACUCGACGGGGAUGUAGAUGCUGAUGUGGAAGGUAAUGUGGAAGAGGAAAAAGCAGAGAAUGACCAGCAGUAUAGCUCUAUGGAAGAGAAGCUCAUGCAGGAAGAAGAGGAAGAGGAGGAGGAGGAGGAGGAGGAACAGAAUGAGAUAAAGAUGGAAAAGAAAGUUAAAUUUGAAACAGGAGACAAUUCUCAGUUGAGUGAUAGAUUGAGAGAAGAGCCUAAUAGGCAGCCUCUGCCUGGAACAGCAGAUAAGUCAGGGGAAGUAGGCCAAACCCAAACUGCCAUGGUGCAGCAGAAGCAAAAGGAGUGGCGAGAAAGGCAACAGAAAGUGAAAAUGUAUGAAUCUGCACAUUUUGAAAAUGCAGCGCUCGUGAGUUUAUGCGAGAUUCUCUUCCCUGGAGAUGAUAAGUCUGUUUGGCGCGGACCUCAUUCACUAACACAGCAUCAUGUUUCUGCUCGUACUAACUCCAUACACGCAGCAAUUGGGACCUUGAUGAACAGGUCUUGUUCUGAUUAGAGUAACCUUAAUGUAGGCUGAUGCAUGUGGCUUUUUCCUUUUGUAGAUUUAUUAUUUCAGCUAAAUUUAGCAUCAUAUGGCAAACUAAAUAAUGGGGAGUGUCUUAGUUGUAAUUAGCAUGUCAUGUCAAAUAGAUGUUUCAGUAAGUAAUCUUUUUCUUUUAAA